AUGGCGGCAGACGUAAGACAGCUGAACUCUGAUGAGUCUAAUUACACGAACUCAUCUGAUAGAUCUAGAUCUAGCUCAGAGUAUACUGAAAGCAAAUCUUUGGCAAUAAAUUUAAGUAGAUCUAAUAACAAUGAUGGUUCGGUGCCUAGUUAUAUGAUCGUCCAUAAACAAAUCACAGAUGUAUUAUUGACACAGAAGUCAACAGUAGAACAGCUGAUUAAAAAUAGCAUAAGCAUUUUGAAUGAAAGUAGGGUGAAUUUUGAUUCCACUGUGAAAUCUCAAGAAGAAAAAAUUGAGCAGCUUGAGAAAUCAAUUACUGAAGAUUAUGUUCUAAAAGAAGUUUACACCCAACUACAAAAUGAACUAAAGGAGAAGUAUGUUCAUAAAGAUAGUUAUUUAAAUCUUCAAGAAAAACUGGAAGAGGAAUGUAGAUGUCAUGGUGAAACACAGGCCAAGUUACAGCUGGUUUUUGAAAAAUUUGAAGACAGUCUUCAACAUAUUUCAUCACUAGAAAACAAGCUGAGUGAAACAACUGCUUCUUUCAGUCUUGAAUGUACUACCUUACAAAAGGAGAUAUCAGAUGUAUAUGCUCAAAAUAAUAAUCUUCAAGUACAACUCCAAGAGAAAACUGCUUUGUGUGAAGAGCAGUUGGCCUUGAUUGAUCAGAAACAAAUGGAGAUAGAAGAACUAGUCUCAAAGCAUCACAGACAAAUGUUAAAGUACAAACAAAAAGUGAGUGAAACAGAAGUGGUGAAGCAGCAGGAGGCUUAUCUCAGCAGGGUAUUCAGUAACUCAGAUGUAAAGAAACAAAAAUGAUGCUGCCUUUUUUUUUAAUUGAUAUUCUAGAUUGCUCUUUUCCUCUUGUUGACAUACUAGAAUGUUCUAUUUUUUAAUAUAUUAGAAUUGUUGACUCUUUAACCCUUACAACCCUGAGACUGAUAUUUUUCCAUUUCUAUCCUCAACACCAGCUGCUUAUAUUUCCAUUUUUCACUUCCAUUCACUCAUGCCCAGUGGCAUGAAUUUCAACAAACGGGUACUAAAUAUAAGCACAAAAUGAAAUCAAUGACCUUUCAAAGCAGCUAUGGGCAGAACUUAGUUUCAUUUUAUUAAUUUUCGAUAUUUUUUGUGUGUGCAGGUCUGUUAUUAUAAAUGAUUGACAAAAUAGCUUUGAAAGGCUAGUCGGUAGUCAUAGUCAUGCUGAUAUAUUAAAAUCUUACGAGUGUAAUUCAAGUAAUUAGUAAUUGAUUAACUGAAUAUGAUGGUUAUAAAUCUAGUUCUUCAGAUUUAGAACCUGAACUUGUCUGACAAGUUAUACUAAUCAUGUCUAAAUGCUUACCUAAUCUAAUACCCACUCAAAUAUUUUUUGUUGUCACAUAAUGCUAUUUGCACAUAUACUUCAUACUUUUUUUGCAUUUUUAUAACCCCUGCAUGUUGUUACAAAUAUUUCCCAACAAAAA